UACAGAUACACGAUGGCGCUUAGACGAGUUUUUGGUUUUGUGAGUGUUGUGUUGGCGAAGAUGCGACUGUGGUUUGGUUCUGGAGUGGCGGCAGAGGCAGCGGAGGUAGCAGCGGAGGCCGGGGACCUUGCGGGAGGGGGUGUGGAGGACUUGUUUCCUGCUGAGGUCUUCAGGGGUGAGCCACAGGCCCGUGGCGAGGAGGUCGUGAUGGUUGUAGAUGAGACUGAGUCCUUGGACGAGGUCAGGUCUGACAACCAGGUGCCAGAGGUAGACCCUGUGGUACCAGCCCGUAGGACUGUUCUUGGGGAAAGGGAAGAUCCUCAGUUUGCUGAGUUGGCUCAGCCUGAGGCAGGACCAGUGGAGGUUCCUGUACCAGAGAUGGCGCUGGUUCUUCCUGAAGUGGGACCUGUUUUUCCAGUUGUUGAUCUGGUUCUCCCAGAUCUGCAUCAGGGUCAUGAUGAAGAGGUUAUCCCUACUGAUGUUGUACCGGCACCAGCUCCUCGCCGGUUUUCCCGUAGGACACGUCGACCUCCUGAACGCCUUCAGGUAAUUUGGGGUACCAAGAGGUAUUAGAAUUUCCCUUCUUCAUUAAAACUUGAAUCAUUUAAAGGGGCUCUUGGUACAUUUUUCUUUUAUUAGGUUUUUUUUGCCCUUCCUUAAGGUCCUUAAUUUUUUUCAAUUUUUUUAGAGGUCCAGGCCUCCAAGGUUUUAAAAAUAUUAUUAGUAAUAGUGUGGUUAAGUGUGAAAUAAAACAGGUGGACACCAAUAUGAAGAUAAGUCAAUUCAGUUAUGUGUGGUGGUAACCAGUAAAAGAUAUUUGAUAUAUAUUUUUUAAAAAUGUACGACAGUAACCAGAACAGGCAUUUCAGUUAUCUAUGAUGGUAACCAUAACAGUCAUUUCAAUUUUGUAUGAUGGUAACCAGAACAUGUAUGACGGUAACCUGAACAGUCAUUUCCAUUAUGUAUGACUGUAACCAGAACAUGUAUGACGGUAACCAGACCAGUUAUUUCAAUUAUGUAUAAUGGUAACGAGAACAGUCAUUUCCAUUAUGUAUAAUGGUUACCAGAACAGUCAGUUCAAUUAUGUAUGACAGUAACUAGAACAGUCAUUUCAGUUACCUAUGUUGGUAACCAGAACAGCCAUUUCAACUAUGUAUAAUGGUAACCAGAACUGUAGUUUCAGUUAUGCAUAAUGGUUACCAGAACAGUAAUUUCAAUUAUGUAUAAUGGUUACCAAAACAGUAAUUUCAACUAUGUAUGAUGGUAACAAGAACAGUCAUUUUCAUUAUGUAUGACAGUAACCAGAACAGUCAUUUCAAAUAUGUAUGACAGUAACCAGAACAAUCAGUUCAAUUAUGUAUGACUGUUACAAGAACAGACAUUUUAGUUCUGUAUAACAGUAACUAGAACAGUUAUUUUGAAUAUGUAUAAU